AUGUCUGAACAGCUCGUCACUUUCGAGAAGUCCGACUUCAGUCUCGUUGGAUCUGCUAUAAUAAUUGACCCGGCUGACUUUAUUGGGAUUCAGCAUGCGGGUCGAGACUUGGCCAAGGACUUCGGUCGGGUGACGCGGGGCAACGCGAGUCCAUUUCAACUCCUAGAUGAGGGAAGCCCGUCAACAGCAGACACGGCAAUUAUCAUUGGCUGUAUCGAGUCAUGUUGGAUGCUGAAUAAGCUUGAGAAUGAUAAGAGAAUCAACACUAGCGUUAUUAAAGGGAAAUGGGAAUCAUUCAUGACUUUGAUUGUGGAUGAACCAAUCGCAGGAUGCUCCAAGGCUUUGGUGAUUGCGGGAAGUGACAAGCGAGCUGCGAUCUUUGGCGCAUACACCUUAUCCUACCAAAUUGGUGUAUCUCCAUGGUACUGGUGGGCCGAUGUCCCAGCCCAAUCCCACCCAGAUAUUUAUGCCCUUCCUACAUCGACGAUCCAUGGCGAGCCAAGCAUUCAAUACCGAGGAAUCUUCAUCAACGACGAAGCACCAGCAUUGACCGGAUGGGUAUUGGAGAAAUUCGGCUCCUACAACAGUGAAUUCUACAAAAAAGUCUACGAAUUGCUUCUUCGCUUGAAAGCAAACUUUAUGUGGCCUGCCAUGUGGCCCGGGUACCCCAAUCCCGGGGCUGUCUUCUUUACAGAUGAUCUGGACAACCAGCGCAUCGCAGACGAGUACGGGAUCUGUGUAUCGACUUCACAUCAUGAGCCGAUGCAGCGUGCUACAACCGAGUGGUUUGAGAAGCGGGCAGAUGGGACCUGGGAUUGGAUGAAAAGCCGAGAAGAGAUCAUUGACUUCUUCCGCGAGGGUGUUAAGCGGGCCAGGGGCUUCGAAUCUUAUUUCACCAUGGGCAUUCGAGGCGAAUAUGACAAAGGGAUGGUAACGGAUGACCCUGGCGCUGUUAUUCGGGAUGUUCUCUUGCAACAACGCGCUCUCUUCAAGGAGUUCUAUGGGCGUGAAGAUGCUGUUCCUCAGGUCCUGGCAUUAUACAAGGAAAUCCAGAAUUUGUAUCAAGCAGGCGAAUUCACCGUUCCAGACAACGUAACUCUUUUAUUCGCAGAUGACAACUUUGGCUCUCUUCGGCGAUUGCCAACUGGGCCUGAGUUGACUCGGUCAGGGGGUGCUGGUAUAUACUACCACUUUGAAUACGUCGGGGCUCCUCGAAGCUACAAGUGGAUUAACUCAAAUUCAUUGGGCAAAACCUAUCAUCAGCUCCGUGAAGCGUAUCGUCGGAAUGCACGCAAAAUAUGGGUGUUCAAUGUCGGCGACAUCAAGCCCAUCGAGGUACCCCUUACCUUCGCCAUGGAAAUGGCAUGGAAUAUUGACUCUGUGCAAGAGAGUACUAUUCCUCAGUUCUUGGCCGAUAUCUCUACUCAAUAUUUUGGUGCAGAGGUGAGCCCAGGCAUUGUGAGUGUCUGGCACGAAUAUGAUCGUCUUGUUCGGCUACGCAGACACGAACAUAUCGAUCCAGAGACUUUCUCACUCCUAAACUACAACGAAGCCGACAACAUUGUCAAGCGGUGGAAGGAUCUCUCAUCCGCCGCAGAGACCGUAUAUGCCCAUAUUAGCGAAAGUAAUGCCACCGAGGAACAAAAAGCGGCGCUUUGGCAGCUUGUCGUACACCCGGUAAAGGCCAGCGCAAUCUUCACCCAACUCCGAGUAACUCAAGCCCGAAACCAACUCCACGCACGCCAACGACGCAAUACAGCCAACAAACUCCUAAGAGAAGUGCUCGAUCUCUUCGACGCCGAUUUCAAACUCUCGCAGGAAUUCCACUCUCUCUUGGGUGGCAAAUGGAAUCAUAUUAUGUGCCAGAGCCACCUCGGGUACGGCGAUACUUGGCAUGCGCCAUCGCGGGAUGCGAUCUUUGGACUUGCAUAUGUACAGCGGGGCCAGGAUAGUAACUUGAUUGUUGGCCAGAUGGGUGUCGCAGUUGAGGGUCAUGAAGGUGUGCGAGCAGGUCGGAUCAACGAAGAGAGUGAGCGUACUCAUCCUAGUCGACGGGACCUGAUACCAGGGCUGACAUUGGGAGGUAUGAGUCGGUAUGGGCCGGGGCGAUGGUUCGAUGUUUUCACUCGAGGGACGCAGACGAUUCGGUGGAGUGCUUCGGCACCUUAUUCGUGGAUUACCCUUUCAUCGACCAAAGGGACUUUGCAUCCUGAUGGGGAUGAUGUACGAAUCCAGAUCUCUGUUGAUUGGGAAAAGGUUGACACGGAUUUUGAGGAUGUUCUGAUUACCGUGAAAUCAAUGGAGGGCGAUUUCGAACACCUGCAUCUGCCUAUUUAUGGCCACAAAGUCCCGAUCUCAUUCUAUGGCUUUGUUGAAGCAGACGGCUGUGUCUCUAUUCCUGCUGCUGACGGAAUCAAAGCACCGUACGAACACCAUCCUGAACUAGGACGAGAAAGCGAAGGCUCGGUUGCCAUUGACAAUUCUGCGCUCAGCACCAGGAGCUUGCCAUUCUUGGAGUAUCCUAUCUACACAUUCUCGCAACGGACUUCAACUGUUACACUCUAUUUUAAUAUGACCCUGGAGCUAGAUCCACAUCACAAAAUGUCUUAUGAUUUUGGGAUCGACAAUCAGCCCGCUACCUCUCACUUUCUGGUUCGAGAGUCCACAGGGGCUAAAAUUCCCGCAGAAGGCUGGCCAGAUGCUGUUAUGGAUUCUGUCUGGAAGAAAACUCACCAGCUUGGCUCUCUGGAAGCAGGUGCUCAUAUAAUUAGAGUGCGAUUGUUUCAUCCGAACCUACUCCUUGAGAAGAUCGUUCUGGAUCUUGGCGGUGUCAAGGAUAGUUAUCUUGGGCCGCCUUCAAGCUUUUAUAUUAGGGCAUAA